CGUUUCUGCUGCAACUGUGCAGGCAGUCGUCUGUUCGAUGCCUCAAGUUCACUUCCUUAUGAUUUUCUAAGGGGUGGUUUGGUUGGUUAUGGCUUUGUCAUACUUCAUCAUCUUCGCCGCCGCCGUGCUUCAAGUUGUUUGUGAAACUUCAGUAACCAAGGCUGCCCUCCCGGCUCCCAGCGACUGCUGCUCCGAGAAUGGAAUGGAGGCGAGCGGGAUCUGCGUCAACAGCACCCAGUGCGAGCCAGGGUGCUUCCUCCGCAUCCUGGGGAACGACACGGCCGUCUGCAUGCUGUGCGACUCUCCGCCCCCAGAGCCGGACAGCUUCAACUUCACCGGCUGCAACUACACGUACGUUCCAGUGAGAACGAACGUAACCACAUUAACCACAGCGAUGCCCAAAAUCGGUGGUCCCGGCGUGGUCGCCUCCCUCCUGCUGGGAACCCUGCUGGCCAGCCUCUUCCUCAUCCUGUCCGUCGCCUCUUUCUUCUACCUCAAACGCUCCAACCGCCUCCCCGGAAUUUUCUACAGGCGAAACAAAGCCUUCAUAUUCCAGCCCAGCGAGACCGCUGUCAUGAUACCCACACCGACAUCCUCAGUGAGAAAACCGAGGUACGUCCGCAGGGAGAGGCCGUCGGUGACAGCAACAGCCACUGCCGCCACCAUCUCCACGGCAGCUGUCACCAAGGUCAGCAACGUGUGAAGAGGGGCGGGGCGGCGGAGGGGGUCCCCCGUCACCAACCUGCCGUGUGCCAGUGCUGAAGGGCUGCAGGCAGGCUGGGGCCUACCAUGUAGAGGACGAGCCGAAGCCGGGCACUGGGGUUCUGACCUGCUACGCUGUUGCCUCUGUUUGACUGUUCAUUUAUGUAGUGUAUGUACUCCCUCCGCAACCUGCCCAGUGGUGUCUGCCCACGCGCAGGCUAGUGUUCACCUCGACACCCAAAACCUCUCCCUCUGAGACUGAUACUCCAAUUUCUCUCGCAACUUUUGCGCAUACUCAAGUGUAAUUAUGUACCUAAUCAUGGUCGGUGGAG